CUGUAGUUAUCUCGAAGCGAGCAGCGAGCAGCGAGCGCUCCAGCAUCUCACUCGACAACCAUGGGCGAGCAGCGGACGGCGUCAAAGGGCCCCUUUCGCCUGUCGCUGGCCAAGAAGCGCCAGCAGCCGGCCAUGGACCCCCACGCGGCCGCGGCGAGCCUGUACGCGUCGCCGCCGUCGUCGUCGUUGUCGACUGCCGCAUCGUCGAAGUCUUUCAAGUCGCCGCCGCCGCCGCCGCCGUCGCUGCCGCCGCCUCUCUCCGCAGCCUCGCCAUCAAUGCCGUCGCUGUCAGCAGGCUCGACAUCAGCAGCCUCGUCGUCGGCAGCCUCGCCCGCGUCGUUUGCCCACGACGACAUCGACGAGGAGCUGCUCAACGACCAGGAAGCCAUGGCGAUUGCGGUUGCCGCUUCGAAUUCGUGGUUCAGCUCGCCGGCCCCUGACGACGACGACGACUCUCUUUUUUCGGGACGCCACGGUGGCGAUGACGACGACGAUGCCGAGUCGCACUACGACGAGGCGUGGAAGGCGCAGGACCCCAUCGUGCUCGGCGCCCGAGAGGCACUGGAGAGCGCCGAGCCUGCCUUUCCCAGAGCUGAGGCGCGGGAUGAAGGCACUGCAGCUGACCCAGCCGCCGCCGCCGCCGCAGCAGCAGCCCCUCUUGCCGGGGCACCAGCGACGACGGCGCCUCCGCUCCAGCGGGGCCUGAGCAGGACCCGGACCACAAAGCAGGGCGGCGGCAUCCUGAGCCGGCUGAUGCGCAUCAGCCGCAAAGAGGCCCGCGCCGCCGAGGCUGCCGCCGCCGCCGCCACCACCUCGCCCUCCUCUGCGCCCUCUUCGGCCCGGCCCGUCGUCGUCACGGCGGCCGUGGUGCCCGAGGCGAGCACGGGCGACAUCUUUACGACGAUGAAGACGCAGUCGCCGGCGACGGAGCUGCCGCCCGCCGGUCCGUCUGCGGCAGGCGCGGCCGGCGUCGACGUGGCCAGGGACCCGCUCACGCUGCGCGACGUCGGCAUCGAGCGGGUGCCGCUGAUGGUGCAGGACGAGGAGCGGCCCCAGCACGGGCGCAUCCACUCCGUUGAGCCGAGCCUGGUCGACGACGAGAGCAUCGCCGACCGCUCCGAGCUCAGCUUCGUCGAGGGCGGCUUUGAUAUUGACGGCGGCGACGACGACGACGACGAUGAAGAGCAAGGGACUGCGCUGAAUGCGCUGCAGGACGAGCAGCAGUCUGUCCCGUCGUCGCCGUGGCAGCUGUCGGGACACGAGUCGCAGCAGCCCUCGACGGCGUCCUCGUUCAAGGACGCCCUGUCGCGCCAGGCCUCGGAGACGGCCUCUCUCCAGCUGCAGCCGCCUGGCGACAGAGGAGACGACGACGACGACGAAGACCAGCCGACGCCCACGGCGACGCCCAAGGCCACGGCGCCUGACCCGGGCCAGAGCUCGUACUUUGACAACAGCAGCACGCCGUCUGCUGCCGCGGCGACGGCGACGGCGAGGCCAUCCAGGCAGGAGGCAAGUGCGCAGAGUGCUGCCAGUCCGGAGCAGCGCAAGAGUACGAGUCCGAGCCAGCGCAAGAGUGGCAGCCCGAGCCAGCGCAAGAGUAGCAGCAGCCCGACGCAGCAGCGCAAGAAGACCAUUCCCGCGCUGACUAGCAGCAGCAGCGUCGCCAAUGGGCCCCAGCUGCGCCACUACCUCCUGCGCCGCCUCGUCGAUGUCGAGCUGCGCCACGAGCUGGAGCGCCUCUGGAUGCUGGCCAGCCUCGACGAGGCGUGGCAGCCCGCCGACCCGGCAGGGCUGGCCAAGUGCGACCUCGCCUGCUUCAAGCUGGACCCGCACCGGCGCGCGCCCUACCUGCCACGCACCGCCCUCGUGCGGCCGCUGGCCCGGGCGAUGCUCAGCUGCCCCCUCUUUGGCCCCGCGGUGCCCAUCGAGGGUGCCGCCGCUGCGCGCUCCCGCGCGGCUGGCGCGCGCAAGUUCAUCGACGAGGGUCUCUUACCGCUCGCCAGACACCUGCAGGCGCUCUCGCUCAGCGACGAGAUGGAUCGGCGGCCACACGCAUACCACGCCCAGACGCAGACGAUGUCCUCGGCCCUUAAGGGCGCGCUACUUUCCGUCGUCGCCCGCUUCCUCGUCUCGAGCCUCGAGCGACAGCCGCCGAGCCGCGAGGGCGAGCCACCACUCGCGCUCGCAGGCUGGGCCUGGAGCAGCGUCGAGCCGCCGCCGCUGGCUGCCUACAUGGGCCACCGGCUGCCGGCCAACAAACUCCGCCAGGGCGGCAUGGAGGUCGACAUUGUCGGUGCUCGCGCGAGGCAGGGCAGCGGCGGCAUCGCCGACGAGUUUCUCAUCGCCGUCCGGCGCUACGGCCACCCGCCGUCGUUUGUCGUGCGCACCGAGGGCGACUUUGUCAAGCUGGCAAAGGGCCUCGCCACCGAGCUGGGCCCGCGAAGGCGUGUGCGCGCCGUCCCGGGACCCACGGCCAGCGGCGCCCUCGAGACGCAGCCGUCGUCGGUGUACGGUGGAUCGACGAAGCGAAACCUCUCGUCGUCGUCGCUCAACACGGGCGACGGUACCGCUGGUGGCACGUCUCGCUCCGCCUCGGUCCCCGUCUCGCUUCCAGCCUCGGGCUCGCUGUCCUCGGCCAAGGGCGACGGCUUCCGCAGACUGGCCUCGGGCGCCAACACGAGCCAGGUCUCGAUGGCCUCGACGGCAGCGGCGCCCUCGCCCUCGGCCAAGCGCAACAGCUUUGGCCUCCUCCGGUCGCCCAAGGCCGACGUCGAUGGCGACGAAAAGAGGGGGGCAAGCCGCUUCUUUUCCAACAACCGCAGCUCCUCGUCGCUCGCCUCGACGAGCACCAAGCAGGGCGCAGCAGCACCCGCGGCGGGGACAGACGAGACGGCGGGCAGCGAGACGGACAUCGAGUCGCGGCGCAAGCAGCUGCGUGCCUGGCUCCGCGACGCCCUCUCGAUCCGUGGCGCCGGCCACAGCGACGAGGGCCGCCAUUUCCUCGGUGUCGCUGCCUUUGGCGAGCGCGAGAUGCGCCACGCAACGCGCCUCGACAUGGACGCACGCGCCCGUCUCGACCGUGACAACAUUGCCCUGCGUGCCGACGCCGCCCGGUCGGCCGCCGAGGACGUGCUGGACCUGCGCGACGAGCUCGAGGCGCUGGGCCAGGCCUGUCUUGGUGGCAGCGGCGGCGGCAGCGGCGGCGACGGCUUCCCCAAGGCGCACGAGGCGCUGCGGAGCGCAGCCACAUUUGGCGCGCUGCCGCUGCCGUACCAGCGCGCCGUGUCCUGGGCCAACCUGCGCCUGGCCUAUGCCCUGCACGGCGUCUUUGUCAACCAGGCCCAGGCCACGAGCUCGGCCAACUUUGCCCGGCUGCAGGACGGCUACGCGGCCGUGCCCUGGAAGAUGCUGGCGCUGGCCCUGCGCGAGCCGACGGGCCUCAUGAUUGCCAAGGUGCGCGCAGCCAUGACAAAGCCCUCGGUCGUCGACCGUCUCGUCGCACUCGUUGUCGGCGAGGACCCGAGCGGGAGCAGCGCCACGGCCACGCAAGACUACGAGCGCCAGGUGGCCGAGCUGAAGCGCCGGCUCGGCUCGGCGCUGAGCCGCAAGCUGCACGACUUUGUGUGGGAGUGCAGCGACCACAAGAAGCGCCUGAUCCGCGAUGCCGCCCGGCGCGCCGACAUUCCCCUCGUCUGCGCCAUCGCCCGCGGCUCCGACAAGCCGCUGCUGGCGACGGACGGCGUCAAGCGCAUCGUCGCGGCCACGCGCACCUACAAGGCCUUUUUCGCCACCCGGCCGGCGCCCACGCCCGACGAGGUGCUGGCCAAGCAGCGGGCCAACGUCGACGUGCGUCUCAUCACCGAUAUGCAGGCCCUGCUGCGGCUGCUGAGCGCCAAGCGCGACGGUGCCAAGCUUCGUGCUGCGCUCAAGGACCCCGCCGUGCGCCAGCCCAUCGAGGCCCUCGUUGAGCCGCUGCUCAACGUCGUGCGCCGCGUGCACAAGUCGACGCCGCCCAGCAGCAGCAGCAGCGGCAGCAGCACCGACCUGCUCAACGGCUUCAAAGACUUCAUCGCCAGCCUCAUCGACGUCCUCGGUGGCCUGCGUGCGCGCGUGCAGGAUCCCUGGCGCAGCAUCGCCACCCUCGCCCUCUUUCUCGAUGAUGCCGUGCCGGCCUGGUAUGCGGUCCUGCACCGCUUUGCGAGCCGCGUGCCCGACGGCCACGGCCACGGACAGAGCCAGAGCCAGGGACAGAGCCAGAGCCUGGCUGGGCGCCUGGUGCAGGACCUCUUUGGCUGGCUCGCCUCGCUCGGCGCGCUCCGCCUCGACGGCAGCCCCGCGGCCGCCGACGUCGUCCUCGAGACGUGCAGCUCCACUCCCUCGUCCAACGAGACAGAGGCAGGGGGAACAACAAGCGUCGACACGUUCGCCAGGCACCUCGCGCAGCAGCACCGCGCCCGGCGCACGCGCCAGAUGGAGGCUGCCGCACGCUGGGCCGCCGGCGACAUCGACGCCGACCACGCCAUCCAGCUGCAGGGCGCCGACGCGGGCAAGACGCGCACCAAGCCCUUUCUCCUCGACGAGGCGCCCCUCCGUCCCGCGGCCAGCGCCGCCAUGCUUGAUGUUGAGGACCGCCUCGCGCGCGCCUUUGGCGAGACCCUCUCUCAUUCAUAGCUAGCUACCCAUGUAUCACCUCCUUUUACUACUACUACUAAUUCACCCCAAUCAAUCAAUCUCAUUCCAGC